AGACUACAGAACAGCAUGGCUGACGGUGUGAGCGAGGAGUCAGAGUAUAACCCGGACAAAGAUGAGCUGAGCUGGGGCUAUGAGGAAGGUGUAGAGUGGGGACUCCAUUUCCCAGCAGCCAAUGGCGAGUAUCAGUCUCCAAUUAACUUAAACUCCAGGGAGGCCCAGUAUGACCCGUCCCUCCUAGACGUCUGCUUAUCACCAAACUAUGUUGUGUGUCGAGACUGUGAGGUCAUCAACGAGGGACACACUGUCCGCAUCCUUCUCAAGUCCAAGUCAGUGGUUACGGGGGGGCCGCUGCCCAGGGAUCACGAGUUUGAGCUUCAUGAGGUUCGAUUUCACUGGGGCAAAGAGAACCAGAGAGGGUCAGAGCACACUGUCAACUUCAAGGCUUUCCCCAUGGAGCUCCAUCUCAUUCACUGGAACAGCACUCUGUUUAACACUGUGGAGGACGCUCUGGGGAAGAAGAAUGGAGUCCUCAUCAUAGCUUUGUUUGUGCAGAUUGGUAAAGAGCACCUGGGUCUGAAGGCCAUCACUGAAGUCCUGCAGGACCUACAAUACAAGGGGAAGAGCAAAAUAAUCCCAUGCUUUAACCCCAAUACUCUGUUACCUGACCCAUUGUUGAGGGACUACUGGGUGUAUGACGGAUCUCUGACCACCCCACCCUGUAAUGAAAAUGUGACCUGGAUCCUCUACCGCUACCCUCUCACCAUCUCACAGCUGCAGAUUGAGGAGUUUCGGAGGCUGCGCUCUCAUGUCAAAGGGGCUGAGCUGCUAGAAGGGAAUGACGGGAUGUUGGGGGACAACUUCCGUCCCACCCAGCCGCUCAGUGACCGGAUGGUUCGGGCUGCUUUCCAGUGA